AUUUAUUCCUUAACGCUUGUACCUUCUUUUCCAGGUUAUGGCAACGUUUCUCCAAGCUCAAGGAUUGGACAGUUGCUCUGCGUCUUCUAUAUGAUAUUUGGCAUACCCUUAAAUUAUAUGAUAAUAUAUCUAACAGGCAUGAAGUUUAGAGGAGGUUUCAGAUGGAUGUUCAACAAGCUAAAGCCGUCAUAUAAUCUAAGUCUUGCUCAGAUAAUAAGUGGCACUAUUUACCACGUAAAAUGGAUCAUAACGUUUUAUUUAAUUCCAUCUGGAUUAUUCAUUUCACUGAAGAAUUGGACUUAUUCUCAAGCUUUUUAUUUUUGCUUUGUGUCCCUUUCAACUAUUGGGUUUGGAGAUGUGGUAUUAGAUCAUCUGAAGGAAAAAAUUGAAAAAGAGAUACGGUCACGGGCAAAGCAAGAAGAACCACCCGAGGAAAAUGCUAUGCCGGAAGAAGAUGUCAAAGAAAAAUAA